AGUCCAUACAGUACUCUAAACUACGAGUCUACGACUUUUGUGGAAACAAAAAAGAAUAGAGACGAGCUUCAUUGUGAUCUCCUCGCUUCAUCAGUUGAUCUUACUGAGAAGUUAGAGACGGUGCGCGCGCGGCGACCAAAACCGAAAGCGUUUGUUUGUUUGGGUUUUGAGUUUAGCCGAGGUGUUGAAUAUUGCAGCUUGUCCGGUAUCCAGCUACCAUGCAUAUAUGAGUAAUAGUGUGGUAAGUGAAAUCAACGAAACAUCCGGAUAGAUCUCUUUUCUUGAUCGUUAACUCCACUCCAACAUGAGUACGAGCGUCUUUGUCUCCGUUUCAUCACUCGACUUGCUUCAUCGGUUCUUUGAUCUGUAAGUCUGAGAAGUUGGAGACUGCGGCGACCAAAAGCGAAAGCGUUUGUUUCGAUUAAUUGUGAGAUGGAAAAAUCAACAAGUGAUGAUCAAGAAAUUCAACAAAAAGUGGAAACUGCUUCAGUCACAAAUGGAAAUCAAAAGCAUGCUGAAAUUCAACAAUGGGGUCAGGAAGCUACAAACACUUUGAGUAGUGGAAAUGGAAAUCAACAUAGAGAUCAGUUGCUAAAUAGCAUCAAAGAAAUGGCUGCAAGCUUGGAGCCACCCUUAUCAGCAAAUGAGUGUUGUAUCUACAGGAUUCCAACUUGUCUUCGAAAAUUGAAUGAGGAAGCCUACACUCCUCAGGUUAUAUCAAUAGGGCCUUUCCACCAUGGCAGCAAAAUAUUAGAACCCAUGGAAAAGUUGAAAUUAAAAUAUUUUCAGAGAUUCCUGCGGCAGAUUGACUUCAACAUAGAGAUUUUAGUAAAUGCCAUAAAGCUAAAUGAAGAAAGUGUGCGUAGUUGUUAUGCAGAAACCAUCAAGUUUAGCAGUGACGAUUUCGUGAAAUUAAUUUUGGUGGAUGGGAUCUUUAUUAUUGAAUUAUUCUACGAAAUAUGGUUCAAAGGAUCAGAUAGGGUUAUUCGUGAGAACCAUAUACUGUUAAACCCAAUAUCGUGGCAGGAAAUUAUGUUGGACUUGGAGUUACUUGAAAAUCAACUUCCUUUCUUUGCUCUUGAGAUAUUAUUCAGCCUUGCAUGUGCACCGGAUGAUGAGCAUCCUUCCUUCACUUCGCUUGCAAUUGAUGUCUUGGAGUACAUUAAAGAACAGGAAUUUCCUGGAAAUCUUGGAGAGCAACCAAUUAGACACUUUGUUGAUAUGACCAAAGCAUUUUUACUUCCAUCAUCCAGAAAGCUAUUGUCACCACAUGAAAGUAAUGAUCUUGCUAGAUCAGCUGAUCAUUUAUAUACUGUAAGACAGUUGUACGAGGCUGGAGUGAAGUUUAAGGUGAGAUCAUGCAAAUGCUUGCUUGACCUAACAAGACACUUUGCUGAUUUCGCCAGAGCAUUUUUUCUUCCAUCAUCUAGAAAGCUGCUAGUGCUACCGCAUGAAAAUAAUAAUCUUCCUAGUGCUGAUCAUUUAUAUUCGGCAAGCCAGUUGUAUGAGGCUGGAGUGAAGUUUAAGGUGAGCUCAAGCAAAUGCUUACUUGACUUGAAAUUCACCAACGGAACUUUGGAAAUUCCAUGCAUGAACAUGUAUAAUUCGACAGAGACUACUUAUCGAAACAUCAUAGCAUUUGAGCAAUGCCAUUAUCCACAUGAUUCACAUUUUACAGACUACAUUGUGCUAUUGACUUUCCUAAUCAACACUCCCAAAGAUGCAGAUUUACUUAUUAGAAAAGGAAUCAUCAUUAAUUGGCUUGCCAACAGCAAUUCAGUGGCAUCUUUUAUCAAUAAUCUGGGGACGAAUAUUGUUUAUUAUAGCUGGAAAGGUGCUUAUCGGGGUUUGUUUCGAGAUUUGAAUGCAUUCUAUAGCAACACUAAGCAUACUUGGAAGGCUACCUUGAAACGUGAUUAUUUUGGCACUCCUUGGAAAAUAGCUUCUACUGUAGCUGCUGUUACCUUAUUGCUGCUCACUCUCGUACAAACUAUAUGCUCCAUCAUCCAAGUUGUGAAGAUGUGAAGAAGCUUUGUGCAUAAAAUCUGGAACACUUAUAUGGGCUGAGAAUGGAGAAAAGCAAUAGGAGAUUAAUUAGCUAAUGAUAGAUCAUGAUAUGAAUUUCAUGCAACAAGAGUGAAGGUCAUGCUAGCUAUCAACCCGAUGGAUUCGAAUGAAGUGAUUUUGUGUGUCUUUGUUUCUUAUUAACAUACAAUUUUAUAGCUUUGU